GUGGCAGCCUCUCCUCCGAUAGCUGCGUGCACGAUUUCGGACGGUGCGUCCGGUGCUGGUGCGCGACCACCUCCACCUACCGCGCGUCCUCCGUGUCCUCCGCGAGCUCGGUUCCCGCUGGCGUCGUGGUGCUACGCCGAGCCGAGGCUGAAGCCGGCUCCAUAGUACCGCGGCAUCUGCUAAUCAAAUCGCACAUUCCUCAAUCGCGUCGCGUCGAUCCUCGAUCGGGCAGCGACGAUCGCAACACCUGGACCCGCGUCCAUGACAGUGGUGACGAGUGGUCCGCGACGAGGAGACGACCGGCCGACGGCUCCGGAUAAUUCGCGAGGAGCCGAGGAGCGAUCAGUCGUCUCAGCGCGCCGCUCAGUGCUGGAAAGCUUUAGUGCCGAGAGCAGGAAGCGGGAAACCUUCCAGCGCACCGCAGAUCGAUCGAUCGCGCGUCGAUCUGCCGCUGGAGGAUACGCCUUUUACAGCUCCGUACACCUUUGCGUCUCGUUUACCUCGAGCAAUAUUCGGAGCUGAACGAGUGAGUGAUUCCGGUUGAUUCCGGUAGGAACGUUUCUCUCGAGAACGACGACUCCACUCUCGCUUCAGCGCCGGAACUCGCUGAGGAACCACCGGCUCAGCUCAGCACCCCCGGCUUCAGCGUUUCCAGGUCCAAAGUGCGAAAUCUCGGGACGUGUCCUCUGCCGGAGCCGUAAGAGCCGAGAAGCGAUCGUCGAUCCCCGCGGUCGUGGUUGCUCGCACGAGCUCCAGCCAGAGCUACUCCACGGAGCAACUCCAUUUUUGGCGCUUCUGGUCGGACGCAGGAUGCGAGAGUACCGGGCCGGGCGAGGAGGAUCAGCGACGGUCACUGCGGAGUGUCAUCGAACGCGCACGUAGAGGCAGGCGGGACGGGGCCGAUGGGAAGGAAAAAACGGGCAGGACAACGUGGCGGGUCGAAGAUCGCGAUCAGCAGGCCGCGGAAUUCGGCGUUUCUUACCGGCCGACGGGGCUGACCGCAUACUCGAGCCGGAGCGGAGAUACUCGGUGGAGGAGAUCGGCAGACGAAGACUAGAUCGGCCGCGAUCCUCCGCGUUUUUCUCCGAUCGCCGGUCGGGACUCACGUCGGGAUCCUCGGCGCGAGAUUUACAUCGACACGCGCGCAAAAAGCGUCUCGCUACCGGGACUGCGAUAUCGAUGAGACUCGAGGGGGAUCGGAUUCCUCCGAUCGGCGAGGAACCCCCAGCGGUGUUAUCGGCCGCGAUCGAGUCCGCUCUCGGCGCUGGCUGAGAGAGAAUCUCAGCCUCUCUCGCGCGAGCAGCGUCUCGUCGAAGAUAUCUCCGGGCUGUGGGAGAGUGAUCGAAGACGCUGUCGCAGAGGGACAAUAAUCAGCGAAGGGCAGCGUGUGAGGAUUUCACCGUUUGAGGCUGAGAAGCCACGACGAUUUGCCAGGAGAGAGACUCCGCUAAGAAGCAGCACUGGAGUGGAAGAACGGCCGCAAGUCGGCGCACGUGUGCGCGCUGACUAAAUUUGCAAAAGGAGAAAAUUGCACUGGCCGCUUCGAGGCGCAAUCUCGUUCCGAGAAGACACGCGCCGCUUCUCGCGCGUAAACACCUUAUCACCCCGCGUAUUAUCGGUCGGACGUGGAAGAGAACGUUUUAUCAGCGCGCUUUAUCCGGAGAAGUGAGAAGAAGUGACAGAGCCGGACGAUAGAGAGCCGGGCGCGCGUGUCGAGCUGUGUCGAAGUCCUCCGAUUCGGCGGAUCUCCGUCCGGCAAGAUCGGCGCGAGAUCGGCGCUACGUUCUUCAAGGUUACGGUCGCGAUAAACCCGGUCUGGCGAGCGGCCCGAUAAGCGGCCGCGGCCCCGCUCGCCGAUCUCCGGACGCCGAUCGUCGACUGGAGUGCGCGGCUGGACGCGAACUCGAUUCGACGCGAGCUCGACCUCGUCGUACGUUUUCGCGGGUGUGGCGGAAGCGGUAGCAGGUGCGAGCUGAACAAGUGACACGCGACUCGCCGGCGAAGUGAACUUCUCGCGAUCGGACUACGGCCGUCGGACUGCGGAACGCGCUGCUCAGCCUUGCCCGUCGGCCUUGCGGCCUUGCGGGUGCGAGCGUUCUUGCCUGAGACUGCGAUCGGACGAAUCGAUCUUAGGAGGCUCGAGGAUCGAGCGGAGAAGGACGGAGAGCGACGAUCGAUCACCAGCUGACUUAGUCGGAAUAUGUGCGGAACUUCAAGAUCGGGACUUUGCUCAGAGACGCUCUUCACGUUCGACGUGCGGUGCCUCCGUUGUGUGUAACGACGUGUAUCGGUUGCUGCAGAAAGACAUGAGCGGAGUUUCGACGGCAACCUGGAGGGAAAAGUCGCGUCGCGACUGUGGAAUAGACGCGCUCGCCGGUUGCGAGGCACUCUGAUCAUAACAAAUCGUGGCGCGUGGCUCACGUGUUGGCGUCGCUGGGACUAUUCGCAGCCUACUCGAGUCUCGCGCAACUUCGAGCUCGUAGAGCGCGAGGAGAGAAGCUGCUCUUCGUGGCAGCUUCGUCGUUCACCCACGAGCAGCGGUCGACUGAACUCCGCGAAGAGGCGGCUCGCGCAACAGCAAGUGCAAGCCGCAAAUGAUUGAUGACUGUACGAGCGCUCGAUCGCUCGACGGAGUGUGAUCAGUAAUCGUUCAUCGGUUUGAUCACAGGGGCUGGCUCAGUGAGCACCCAGCGAGUAUCGAGUCGCGACGUUGGGUCAUCCACUUGAACGUGGAACUCGCGUGGGUCGUGGGAGGAAGUUGACUGAAUGCCUGCUCGGCGAGAGCAGGUGCGCGCGAGGAAUUUCCUUCCACGUCGGACUGUGUCGCGCUCGUCGAAGCCGAGCGACGGUCCGCGAGAGCGUCGACUGCGGUACUCCUACUUCGCGGUGCAGCCUGCAGAUAAUACGAAACCGCUCCACAGUUGCGAUCUCACCUCAACGAGGAAAGUGCCUUGAUGCACGAGCAGGCUCGGCGCGCGAAAGCUGGCCGCUGCUGGCGCACCCGAGCAACGAUAACGUAGCCACCACGCGCGACCCCUCCAAAGGCGAAUCGCCUGCAGCACGCGUCUUCGUCAGACCUGGCAGUGACGGCUCGGGAAGGCCUCCGAGUACCACGAGCCACGACGAUUCCUCGCCCGACCGGCGAGCGCGGGGAGAAGAUGCGACACGCAUGAGUCAUCUCUCGUGCACUUCCGAGCCAGCAACUCGCCCCCAUCGAGAUCCGCGUCCGCGGAGGUCUCUCCCGUGCGACUCGCAGCGUCCCCGAGAAGGUAGAUCGCCGCUGCCCACGGCGAGAUAGUCGCGCGAGGGCAGCGACGACUCCGGUCGAGCCGGAUUGCUCCUGACGCGGUUGCUCGAGCUCGCCCUUAGACUGGAGCUGUACUUGCCGUACGCACCACUGCCGGGGGGCGGCGGUAUCCUCCCGGCGGUGAGCGGCAGCGGUUCCGGUGGCUGUCGUCCGGUGCUGCUGGGUAGCGUCGACCUGUCCAUGUCGGCGGCGGUGCAGCCGCCGGUCGCGACGCUACCGAGCCUGACCAGCAGCGGCCCGAUCGCGGCCCACAAUUCCCUGCACCACACGUCCGGCGGCCUGGCCCUGCCGCUCGGUGCAGCGGGCCCCCCGGUGAUGAUGCCGCGACCACCGCCGGGUGCCAUGCCGCCACUGGGGCCGACCUUGCCGUCGACCCAUCAGGACGAAGACCUGGCCGACGCGGCGCCCAACCAGGACGUCCUGCUGGCGCUCCUCGCGAGGAACAAGAAUUUGGAAGAACGAGGGAUCAAAACACCAAGCCGUUUUACUAUCAAGGAAGAACCCUCGAUACCAAAGUGCGGGGGAUGCCAGGAAGUGAUUUUGGACAAGUACGUUUUAAGGGUGCUCGAGAGGUGUUGGCACGCAAGAUGCCUCACGUGUCGGGAUUGCGGUGCCAGGCUGACCGACAAGUGUUUCGCGAGGAACGGCCAUGUGUUCUGCAGGGAGGACUUCUUCAAGCGUUUCGGGACGAAAUGCGCGGGCUGCAGCCAAGGACUGUCGCCUUCGCAGGUGGUAAGAAGGGCGCAGGAGUUGGUUUACCACCUGACGUGCUUCUCGUGCGCCCUUUGCUCUCGCCAACUGGACACCGGCGACGAGUUUUAUCUCAUGGAAGAUAGGAAGCUCGUCUGCAAGCCCGAUUACGAGCAGGCGAAGGCGAAAGAAUUAGCGGACGGGGGAAGCAUAGACGGUGAUCAGCCCAACAAGAGGCCGCGAACGACGAUCACGGCGAAGCAGCUCGAGACUCUCAAGCUGGCAUACAACACCAGUCCGAAACCGGCGAGGCACGUGCGAGAACAGCUGUCUCAGGACACCGGCCUCGAUAUGCGCGUCGUUCAAGUCUGGUUUCAAAAUAGGAGGGCGAAAGAGAAGAGGCUGAAGAAAGACGCUGGUCGGACAAGGUGGUCGCAAUACUUUCGCAGUAUGAAGGGCACCGGUGCUGGCGGUCACUCGCCCAGGCACGACAAGCUUCUCGACAAAGACGAGUUGAAGGUAGACUUGGACUCCACCUUUGGUCAUCACGACUUGAGCAACGACAGCUACGGCACGGUGGUAAACAUGGGCCUGGACGGCGAAGGCGCGAGUCCAGGCGGUGGUGGUAACGGAGCCGGGGGUGGGCCGCCCCGCGGUUAUCUGGGUGCGACGACACCUCCGUACCUGUCAACGUCCAGAUCGCCGUCCUUACCACCUCAGUUCCCGUACCCGCCCGACGCCGGCCUCUCGGUGUACACCACCCUCGGAGGGCCGGGCGGCAUGGUGCCAGGACCAGCGUCGGAUCUCAGCAACGAGUCCAGCGGCGGCGGCGGCGGCGGCGGCGGCGGUGGCGGCGGCGGCGGAGGCGGCGGCGGCGGCGGUGGUAGCGGCGGUGGCGGCGGUUACCCCGACUUCCCGCCGUCGCCGGACUCCUGGCUCGGCGAGCCGCCACCCCCGCACGCUCACCACCAUUCGCACUCCCACUCCCAUUACGCCACAUAACCCGCCAAAACCGCGCGCCGCCAAAUACCGUAUAGAAUAACGUGCUACCGGCGCGGAGCGUGCACCUGACGCCGGCGACCUGGCUCGUCGUCGUCGUCGCCGUCGUCAUCGCCGUCGUCGUCUUCUUCCUCCGAAGAGAAAAGCGCGACGCGCUAGUAACCGCUCCACUUUCCGCUGAGCACUGGGGAGGGGGCGGGGGCUGGGGGGUGGUCACCUUGGACGACCCUGGGCCGUGUCUCGCGAUGUCCGCGGGUUGUCCCCGUGCGAGAGGAUCCGUUCCUCGGGAGAGGAAUCCCCGUCCUUUUCUCCCGACGCGUCGGUCUCGCGCGACCUUGCCUGUCGUCCACGCGCGUCGCGUGGCGCACCAGCGACGCAGGCAUCGAUAAUUAUGCAUCGAUUAAUGAUAUUAUGAAAUGAUAUUACGGCGACGCUUCUCUCGGAAGCGCGCGACACGGGACGCGUCGGUCGGUAUCUUUUUCUUAAUUCGAGCGACCGUCGUUUAUUUAAUUUCGAUUGAGAAGAAGAUCUUGAUAUCUCCCCGCGUCUUUCGUUCAAACGCCGCGCAACGCCGCAAACGAUGACUUAUACGUUACUUCAGCAUUCCGCUAUUUCGAAGAGCACGCGAGACGACACGUCGCGAGAAGGGUACGGGAGAUCGCUCUCGGUGAAGACGGCGCCCGGCGUCUUCGACGUCGGCGACGAAUCGCGUCCGACAUCGACGUCUCAUACGGCUUGUGUGUGUGUGUGUGUGUGUGUGUGUGUGUGUGUGCGUGUGUGUGUGUGUGUGUGUGUGCCUGUAAUGUACGAAGUUAUUCUAUACCGGUAUUUUACACCGUCCCUCUCGAUCUCUCGUCAUCCACGCGGCCGCCCGUCUCGACGCCGCGUUACGUCACACUUAAUGACACACGUACGAUUCGCAUUCGAUACUACGGCUAAUCUAAAUAUAUUUAUGUACAAGUUCCUCGUUUCUCUCGGUAUUACGGAGUUUAAUUGUCGAAUAAUAAAAUAGAAGGUAGUGUUAAACGUGCCCCGGACUGUUCGAUACGCGGAUAUCGCGAUUCGUCCUGACAGGAUUGCGAGCGGAACUCGGAGCGGACUACCAACUGUAGAUCAAUGUUGCUUUGACUCGCGCGGUUUUGCACAGUUUUCACGAAAGCGUCCUUGUGAGUGUUACAAGGAUGUCCUGAGAGAGCGUCCCGAGACUCUGUUCUGAACAGUCGAUUAUAAAUAUUGAUUUCUCACGCGUGAACUCGCGCGAGAAAGGCAAACAUUUUCUGACCCGGAAGCAUUUGGAAGCAUGUUCGCUCUUCGUGAAUUUACGCCGAUUUACGGGAGGGAAGACUCAGGAUUGUGUCUCCUUGGACGCGUAUUCAAUCGCAAAUGCAUCUUUCGAUGUUUCCUUCUGCGGUAAGAUUUAUUCACAAGAUAUAGAAGGCAGAGGGGAGAGAGACCUACGGUUUUCGAUUAACGGGUGAUUUUAAAGUCGCAAAGUUCGUCGGACAAGUUCCGCCUCGCAUCGUCACGACGAAGACGAUUCCCCCGUAUGAUACAUACCGCAGCUUGAGCCCGAUUUCCACGAAACAAGUUCUCGCUAAGGACGUCAAGGACGAUAAUUGGCACAGGUCCAGCGUCAGUUUCAGCGUGUCUAUUACUCGCGGGAGGAGCGGAACACGCGAGGAAAUUCGAAUCGUCGAUCGAGUCGAAUUUCCCUCGUCCUUUCAUUGUGUAUAGAGGCCUUGUACGUAAUAUCUCCUUUCUGUCUAUUCAGAUUCUCGAGGACGUCGAGAUAGAACACCGCGCGUGUGUGUGCGUGCGUGCGUGCGUGCGUGCGUACGUGCGUGUGUGAGUGUAUGCGUGUGCGUAUGUAAUCUGAAUUCUUAGCAAGAUUUUCAUCUUAUCGGAUUGUCCGGUCGGUUGUUGGCGAAAGUCGGAUACUUGGAGCCUGAAAAUCGGGCGUGCGUUGGCGCGAUCUACCUUGCUUGCGUGUGACGCUCUCUCUAGAACCUUGAGAUAU